AUGUGUUUAUUUAUCGUUCCCGAUCCAAUUGAUUUUGUACUUGUAGAUGAUGAAGACAAAAUAAUUAAUGGUAAUAAUUAUUACCAUUAAUAAUAAUGUAAUACCAAUUACAUUUUAUGUAAAAUUUAUUAAUCUUGUAUGCUUAAUAAAUUUAAAUUCCAGUUCCUGUAAAUGAGAGACCAACUACAAAUGUAACACUAUCUGGUGUCAGGUUAAAUUCCAUCAUAUAUAUGGAUAAUUUAAAUUUCAAAUAUAAGAGUCUUUGUCAAAAUAAUAAAAUGUGAGUAUCUAAUAUGUGUUGAUCUUUUGUUCUUAAUAACACACUAUUUGUUAGAGAGUAGAUGUUUACGUAUUUGUUUUAUAAUAUCUAAAUUAAUAUAGAGUGAGAUAUAAAUUUGUUCAUUAAUAAACUAACUAAAAUUAGCAAUUUAAUUUUGCAUACUUGUUUGUUCAUAUUUUUAUAUUUAUCAUACUUUUAAUGCAUAUUUAACAUAUAUAUGUAUUUGUAUGUUUCAGAUUAACAAUUUACAAAGUUUAUUCUAAUAAAAAUUUAACUGAUGUUAAAUAAUUUAAAUAAUGUUCUUAUAAAUACAUUUUAGUUUUUCUUAAUUUUUAUUGUUUCACAUUUUGAAUAAAUUUUAAACAUAUUUUUAUACUUUAUAGCAUAUAAAUGCAUGCAUAUUUUUGGUUUUUUAAAGCAUAAACAUCCACUCCCUAGCAAUUACUAAUCAUUUUGAAUUGUUUAGAUAUAUUCAGUAUCAAAAUCGAAAAAACCUAAUUUUGGCCAGUGAAUACUUGGGAAAUAGCAAAUGAGAAUGAGAUACAUUCAAUUGGGUUUCACAAUCAUUUACCCCCAGCAAUGGAUAUCCCAAUGAUGAAUCUUUGAAAAAUAUUGGUCUAGUUGCAACAAAAUUGGGUUCAAUGUCUGCUUCAACUAGGCAAAUAUAUAACACCAAAAAAUUAGAGUAAGUAACUGCUACAGUCUGUCUUACAAAGAAAAAUAUAUAGAAUUACCUGUAUAUCAUAUGAGUUCACCGCAAUGUAUAAUUAUUAUUACUUUUUUAUAAAUUAUAUAUUCUACUGAUUUGAGAAGAAGCAGCAAAUUAUACUUUUCUCCAAUCACAAUCCUGUGUUCAUAUGUAUGAAUCGCAGCCAUCAACCAGAUAACCUACGAAAAUUUAAAGGAAUUAAUUCUAUUAUUAAAUCUACCAACAAAUGUGUCUUAGAUUUCAACUCUACAGAGACCUCCUUCAAGGGCAAAUUGUCUAUAUUUUGAUUCAACAAUUAAUAAAAAAUCUCAAUAUUUUAUUUAAAUUUUUAUUGCCAAUAUUAGCUAUUUUUAUUUAGUUAUUUGAUUUCUAAUCAAAUUAUAAUUUAAUAUAACUUUUAUUUAGAUUUUUUCUAGAGCAACAUCUUUUAACAGCCGAUGGUACUACUCUAUAG